GGGAGCGCGCGCAGUAGCAGCUGUCAUCAGUGCGCGAGCAGAACGGGAGAAAAACCAUCAAAAAUCUUGAGAAACGUAUAAUGGCUGCGGGUUCCAGCUCGAUGAGGAUUCUCAUUAAAGGUGGGCGUGUCGUUAACGAUGAUGUCACGCAGGAGGAGGACGUCUACGUCGAGAACGGCGUCAUCCAGCAGGUGGGGCGUGACCUGAUGAUUCCGGGCGGGGCUAAAGUGAUUGACGCUUCAGGUAAACUGGUGAUGCCGGGCGGGAUCGACACCAGCGUUCACCUGCAGCAGACGUUCAUGAAUGCCAGCACGCAAGACGACUUCUACAGCGGCACUAAAGCAGCAUUGUUGGGAGGCACCACUAUGGUGAUGGCUCAUGUUCUUCCAGAGAGAGACUCGUCCCUGCUGGAGGCCUUUGAGAAGUGUCGUAGUCUGGCUGAUGCCAAAGCCUGCUGUGAUUAUUCUCUGCACAUGGGUGUCACCUGGUGGGGGCCGAAGGUGCAUAGAGAAAUGGAGGUGUUAGUGGGAGAGAAAGGAGUCAACUCUUUUCAGAUGUUCAUGGCUUAUAAAGACACCAUGAUGCUGAAGGACUGUGAGCUCUAUCAGGUGAUGAACACCUGUAAAGACAUCGGAGCUGUCGCUCGUGUCCACGCUGAGAACGGAGAACUUGUGCAGGAGGGGGAAAAAGAGGCUUUAGAUCUGGGUAUCAGUGGACCUGAGGGUAUGGAGAUAAGUCGACCAGAGGAGCUCGAAGCUGAAGCUGCACACAGAGCCAUAACCAUUGCAAACAGGGCUCAUUGUCCAGUGUAUCUGGUGAACGUGUCCAGUAUGAGUGCUGCUGAUGUCAUCGCUGCCGCUCGGAUGCAAGGUAAGGUGGUCCACGCUGAAACCACACUGGCUCACACGGUGUUGAGCGGAAUGCAUUAUUAUCAUCAGGAUUGGGCACAUGCGGCCGCUCACGUCAUCGCUCCGCCCCUCCGCCUCGACCCUAACACCCCCGACUACCUCAUGGGCCUGCUGGGCAAUGACAUCAUAAACGCGGUGGCGUCGGAUCAUCGCUCGUUUACCACGAAGCAGAAGGCCAUGGGGAAGGAGGACUUCACGAAGAUCCCACAGGGGGCGGCCGGCGUGGAGGACCGCAUGAGCGUCAUAUGGGAGAGAGGAGUGGUCAGUGGUAAGAUGGAUGAGAAUCGUUUUGUGGCGGUGACGAGCUCCAACGCUGCUAAAAUGUAUAAUCUGUACCCGAGGAAGGGGCGGGUCGCACCGGGAGCUGAUGCUGAUGUGCUGGUGUGGGACCCUGAUGCUAUCCGGACCAUCUCAUCCUGCGCUCAGGUGCAGGGCGGAGACUUUAAUCUGUAUGAGAAUCAGCGCUGUCACGGCGUUCCUCUAGUGACCAUCAGCCGCGGUCGACUGGUGUGUGAGAACGGAGCGUUCAUGUGUGCCGAGGGCUCCGGAAGGUUCUGUCCUCUCCGACCCUUCCCGGAUUUCCUGUACAAGAGAAUUAUUCAAAGAGAAAAGAUUCAAACCAUGCACGGGGUGGAUCGGGCUCCUUACUCGGGGGUUGUUGCCGCAGUAGCCAAUGCUGGCAGGAAAGACUCCGCCCCCUCUGAGGGUGACGUACCCAUGCAAGUGACAACUAGACCCGGAGGCAUUCGAGACCUGCACGAGUCCAGCUUUAGUCUGUCAGGCACUCAAGUGGACGACCACGUUCCAAAGCGGUCCUCUGCUCGAAUCCUGGCUCCACCUGGUGGACGCUCCAGUGGCAUCUGGUAACCGUGGGAACCCCAGAAUGACCCAUUCUCACAGGUCUCUUAUAUGAUGUUUGUUAGUAAAGGAAGAACUGGAUUAAGUCACAGCACUGUUCCAGGAUUAGAAAUAAUCAGAGUGCCAUUUUUCCAUAACUGAACUGAACAGUGCCAAGUGACAGCAAAUAUAUGUUUCCAAUGAUCUUAAAACAUUUUAAUCUAAACAUUUAUGCUGAAAGGCUAAAAAUGAGUUUUGCAGACAAAACUGUACAUGGGCAAUUUAUUUUCUUAACAAAACAAUUUUUUUAUCUAAAAGUGAGCUGGUUGCUUUUGAUCAAUGAAAACCUAACUGAAAGAAGACAUUCAACCUCAGUGUUUAUAAUUCAUGAUGAUGCCAAAAAAGAAAUGAACAUAAACAAAAUGUUAUUGAAUGAGAUCACAAAUGUAAAAUCCAUUUUAUAGUUUGUGAUUCAGAUACACACAUCAUACAUGCACAUCGGGUCAGUCAGUGCACGCAAACAACGUGUGUGUUUUUCUGAUGUGUGUUACCUUCCUAAAACACACAUGAUCUCAUGUUUAUCUGUGCAAUAUCUAUAUUUGACAUAUGUAGGCUAUAUUUAUAGAGUAUCUGGUAAAAUUGUGUUGACUGUGUAGUAAAAGUAAUAUCUGAUGUGUCAGUGUCCUCAUUGUCAGGAAGUUAAUGGAUAAGUUAGUAGUGUGGUUAAUUUAACUCACAUUCUACUUGAAGCACUAACAGUAAAGACACGCAUGAUGUGAUUCUCUCUUUUAUGAUCUUCUCUUCCUCUUACACAGUCAUGCCAUGAGAGUUUAUUGCUCUGCGCUGGUUGAUGUGAUGCUGGAGUCCUUUAUAAAUGAAAUAUCGUGUGCUUAUUGGCUGUUAUUAUUCUUGUUAUGUGUGUUGAGUCCAGGCAUGAGCUUUAGGGCUUUUGGUGCUGUUUUUAAAUGAAGAAUUUAUGUGACACUUCUUGAUUUUAAGGAUUUGUUUAGAUUUUUUUACAUCAUUUUCAGAAAAGCACUUUGUAAAUUAGUUUGUGAUUUUGUGUCGUUGAAGUUUGUUUACCCAUCAUGUGAAAAAGUGCAAAAAUAAAAAAUAUCACAA